AUGCAAGUAAUAGGGAUUGAUGACAAUUAUUACACACUAACCAGCAUUUCUAUUUUGCAGAAAAUACCCAACAAAUUCACUACCAAGUACGGAGGUGGCUUGCCAAAUCCCUUGUUUAUGAAGCUUCCAGAUGGAUCUGAAUGGGAAGUGAAUAGGGCAAAAGACAACGGUGAGAUUUGGCUGGAAAAAGGUUGGAAAGAAUUUGCGGAACACUUCUCCCUAGACCAAGGAUGUUUUGUUUGCUUCAGAUAUGAUGGUACUUCUAAGGUUCAUGUAAGAAUAAUGGACCAAAGUGGAGUAGAAAUAGAGUACCCCUGUGUCACUGGUCAUGAAAAUGACAACCAUGUUCAAACUAAGGAGCAGCACAACCUGACUUUGGAUGAAGGGCCACAUCAGAAGGCUGAACAAAUAUGGGGUGAGAAGUAUCUUCAAAGAACUUCAUCUUUGAACCGUCCUAUGCAAGGUAGAGCACAAGAAGUAGCACGCAAUUUCGUCUCAUACAAUCCCUUUUUCACUGUUCUCAUAAAACCUUCUCACGCGGUAGACUAUCGGCUGUGCAUACCAGAUUUGAAAGGCCUGAUUGAGAAGAAGGUGAAGUGUGCGGUGCUGCUGCUUGGGGAAAAAAGUUGGACAGUAAAUUUGUUAGUUACUAACAAAUGUUUUAAUCAUCAUAGUUUUGGUGCUGGCUUUCACUUGUUUAUGACUGAGUCUGGAUUGCAAUCGGGAGAUGUUUGCAUAUUUGAAUUGAUUAGCAAUAAUUGUGUUUUCAAAGUUCAUAUUUUCAAAAGGGACCACCAAUUUUUUUCUGGAUGAAGGCGUGGUCUUGGUGAGGAAUGUGAAGGAAAAUGCAGUAAAGAAGCAAGGUAAUUUUGUAAUGGGGUGUUACCAACUAUUAGUCACUUAAACAGGGUUACUGUUAUUAUGUUAACCAUGACAA